AUGUCUAAUUGGGAGGAAUUAGGGCUAAAUCCAACUUUAUCACAAAUCAUCUCAGAGAAAUUUGGCUUUGCAAAACCUACACCAGUCCAAAAAGCUGGCAUCCCUUUGUUUAUCGGAAACAAAGACAUAUGCGUAGAAUCAUGCACAGGAUCGGGCAAAACUCUUACCUUCCUUCAAAAAAUCAUAGGGUGAUGUACGAAAAUUGGAUUCUGAGGCUCACUCUCUAUGGAGUAGGUAGGUAAGAUCCAUCCUGAAGAAACUAUAAACAGGGUCUCUGUCCUUUUUGAAGUUAGCCUUCUGGUUUGGGAAGCUUCGCCGAAGAGAAGUUUUGUUUCUCCCCCGAGGCCUUCCUGCCUCUACCAGAUUGACUAGACAGGUUUUGAUUACCUCAUGGCUUUCCCUUGCAGGCACUAUCGGGGCACCCUACAGACGGUGGCCCUAACAUAAGGAGAUAAUCCCUUGGGCAGGCGCUUCAGGCCGGAAAUCCAAAAUGCGGCCUUUUGAAGCCAAGAUAGGCGACAGCUAGUGGGUUUACCCUCUUAUGGCUAAAAUAACUUUUAACUUAACUAGCCUUCCUUCUUCCAAUUUUCCACAAAUUGAUGGAACAAGGCCCAAUCAAAGGUACUUUUGGAAUAAUUCUUGCUCCAGCUAGAGAGCUCGCAAACCAAAUCCACGAAGUCGCAGUCAAAAUUAAUGAAAACCUUGAAAAUCCAUAUUCACUCCAAUGCCUUAUUGGAGGCCACUCAAAGCCAGAAGAUAUCGAAAAAAUUGAAAAUCAAGGAGCAAAUAUUAUUAUUGCAACCCCUGGAAGAAUUUUGGAUUUAUUAAAUAUAAGUGAUUUAAUUAUUUUGAAAGACCUUGGAGUUCUUGUUUUAGACGAAGCUGAUCGUUUAUUAGACCUUGGGUUUAAAGAGUCCAUACAUUUUGUUAUUGACAAGCUUCCUAAACAGAGAAGAACUGGGCUGUUUUCUGCAACCAUGACAACCCAAGUCGAAGAAUUGAUAAAAGCUGGACUCAGAAACCCUGCUUAUAUUACAAUUAAAGUAAAAUCACAGAUAUCUAGCACAAAAUCUGGCUCAGUAAAGCAUGAGCUUCCUAAAGGAUUAACAAAUUACUAUAUGAGCUUCCAUAAUUAUUUACUCCCCCUUCUGUGAGAGGACAAAGUCAUUGGAAAAAUUCCUAUUUUUGGGUAAAACCCACCCUCUGCGAGCGAAUUUUGAUAUAUAAGUAAUAAUUAUUAUAAUGAAAUAUCUAGCUAAUUUUGUUUAAUUUUAAACAUCUUGCAUAUUAAAACAUAAAUUUUUACAAAUUAAAUUAAUAUUUGCUUUAAAAUUAUUUCGAAUAUGGAUUUUUUAAAUUUUGAAAACAAUUACUAUAAAAUAUAAUUUUUUUAAAAUAAAACAUAUUAAUCCCUCUGCGAGCAAGCAAAGUUUUUUUGUUCGCUCACGGAGGGAGUUAGAAAAACUCCCAGCAUUAUGCAAUUUUUUAAUUGCCCAUCAAGAGGAAAGGAUCAUUAUUUUUUUUGCAACCUGUGCAAGCACGAAUUUUUAUAAGUGUUUAUUGUCAAGGCUGCCUCAAUUAAAUAGGCUAAAAAUUAUGAGGCUUCAUGGCCAAAUGAAGCAAAAUCAACGUGAAAAAGUGUAUAAAGAAUUUGACGAGUCAGAAAAAGGAGUAUUAUUGACAACUGAUUUAAUUGCAAGAGGGAUCGAUUUUCCGAAUGUAAAUUGGAUUAUACAGUAUGAUCCUCCUCAAAAUCCAGAUUUUUUUGUGCAUAGGAUAGGAAGAACUGCAAGGGCAAAUAAAAUUGGCCAGACAUUGAUUUUUUUGAUUGAAAAUGAGCUAACUUUUCUUGAGUUUAUGAGGCUGAGAAAUAUUGAUUUAGAAAACACAAGCGUUGGUUUAGAUUUUGAUCAUGACCAAGCAAGCCAAACUGUAAUUGAAGAUAGAGAAGUUUAUGAUAAAGCUCAGCGAGCUUUUGUUGCUUAUAUAAGAUACUACAAAGAGCAUCAGCUGCAUUACAUUUUUGAGCUAAAACAUUUACUCCAUAAAUAAUUUAUUUAAAAAAAAUUAUUUAUAUAUAAAAAAAAUUAUUUUUUAAUUAUUUUUAUUAAUAGAGAAAUUUAGACAUUGGAUUUUUAGCUCGAUCCUUUUAUUUAUUACGCAUUCCUCGUGUAAAAGAAAUCUUGGGUAAAGAAAUUCCAAACUUUAUCCAAUCAGAUAUAGACCCAUCCACCAUCACAUACAAAGACCCUAUAAAAGAAUCAAUCCGCCAAAAAGAAUUAAAGCGCAAAGAAGAAGAAUUACUAGAAAAACAAAAAGCUAAACAAAAACUCAACAAAAAAUCCGAAAAAUUCCCAAGAAAAAGAUCAAGGACAGAAAAAAGAGAAGCCAAGCGAAAAGCAAUUGAAGAAGACUGGGACGAGCUCGGCGCUGAAGAACGAAUUAUUAAAAAAAUUAAAAAAGGCAAAAUGACUGACCCUGACGUGGUCAACUACAUAGAAGGCUGCCCGAAGAUAAAAUCCUUAUUCAGGAAGAAAAAACACUAA